GGAGCGGGGAAGGCGGGAGACAGCGCAGUUUGAAUCGCGGUGCGACGGAGUAGGUGGUGGGAUCUCGCUGGGUGUCUGACUAGUCCUUUCUCUGCCUUGCUUGUUUGAGCUUCAGCAGAAUUGGAAAUGGCUGGCGGUAAGGCUGGGAAAGACUCCGGAAAGGCCAAGACAAAGGCGGUUUCCCGCUCGCAGAGAGCCGGUUUGCAGUUUCCGGUGGGCCGUAUUCAUCGGCACCUGAAAUCUAGGACAACCAGUCAUGGACGUGUGGGUGCGACUGCUGCUGUGUACAGCGCAGCCAUUCUGGAGUAUCUCACCGCAGAGGUACUUGAAUUGGCAGGAAAUGCAUCAAAAGACUUAAAGGUAAAGCGAAUUACCCCUCGUCAUUUGCAACUUGCUAUUCGUGGAGAUGAAGAAUUGGACUCUCUCAUCAAGGCUACAAUCGCUGGUGGUGGUGUCAUUCCACACAUCCACAAAUCUCUGAUUGGGAAAAAAGGACAACAGAAGACUGUCUAAAGAAUGCCGGGAUUUCUUAUUAUCUCAGGACUCUAAAUACUCUAACAGCUGUCCAGUGUUGGUGAUUCCAGUGGACUGUAUCUCUGUGAAAAACACAAUUUUGCCUUUUUGUAAUUCUAUUUGAGCAAGUUGGAAGUUUAAUUAGCAUUCCAACCAACCAAAUUUCUGCAUUCGAGUCUUAACCAUAUUUAAGUGUUACUGUGGCUUCAAAGAAGCUAUUGAUUCUGAAGUAGUGGGUUUUGAUUGAGUUGACUGUUUUUAAAAAACUGUUUGGAUUUUAAUUGUGAUGCAGAAGUUAUAGUAACAAACAUUUGGUUUUGUACAGACAUUAUUUCCACUUCGGUGGAUAAGCUCAAUAAAGGUCAUAUCCCAAACUA